UUAUCAACUUCGAGACUGGUUUAGUUCACAGACGUACUUCGGGUCGUAAACAUGUUUCCUAAACUUUUGUUUAUAACAUUAUUCCUGAUUAUAGUUUGUGGAACACUGAAUAUUUCCACACUUGAACUUAAAAUUACAGAUGCUAAAUUAGAUUAUCUUAAUGGGAAUUAUAUAGAUAAAAAUACGUAUGCAGCAGGCCUUAUUGAUGUGAACAGUACUUAUGCUAGACUACCUCUUUUUUGGGAAGUACUGACAUCUUUUCCAAUGGACGCUACACUUGAGACAAGGAUUGUUCGUUAUAAUAGUCCGCAAGAUAAGAGGGGAUCGUCUUUUAAUGUUAAAAUAGAAAUUUGCAACAUACAUGGACGACUGUAUCAAUAUUUACCGCCGUUUUUAAUAGAUUUAACUAAAGCUGGUCAGUGUGUACAACCGGGUAACUACAGUUUUUACGAUGCUGGACAACUUCAAUUUAACAAAUUCUUGAGUUCACGCGAUCUCGACGGAGCUUACAGAUUUAACACAAUCAAUUACAUAGCGUCUCCGAGCACAUACAUUAAAAAAAUUGAAAUAGCAUCAAAACCGGUAUAAUGUGUGUACUCAAUGUCUCUUGCAUGUUUGUUUAACCCAUUCAAACAAUUAAUUAAAUAAACUGCCUGUUUCAAAAUGCUUUA